CCAUAUUACCAAUAUCUAAAAGUACAUUUUCGAUAAAACGGUAUACUAUCUUCAAUCAAGGUAUCUGUUAUUUACUGCGUUAAGGGAAAAGACACGCACACACCCACUCAGAGAACGAUCAUGGCGGAUGUAGUCAAUUUUAAGGAAAAGAGAUGGUCCCUUAAGGGAAUGACAGCUCUGGUUACUGGAGGCUCCAGAGGCAUUGGGCAUGCUAUAGUAGAAGAAUUAGCAGGAUUUGAGGUUGCAGUGCACACAUGUUCACGCAACCAAACGGAGCUUGAUCAAUGUUUGCAAGAAUGGAAAAGCAAAGGUUUCAAAGUAACUGGGUCUGUAUGCGACGUGUCUCAUCGAGACCAAAGGGAGAAACUCAUGGAAACUGUCUCCUCCAUCUUUCAUGGAAAGCUCAACAUUCUUGUGAAUAACGCUGCAAAAGGGAUGCCCAAAGCUGCUGUAGAGUAUACUGCUGAAGACAUCUCCAGGAUAAUGAGCACCAAUUUUGAGUCAGUUUUUCAUUUUUGUCAACUUUCAUAUCCUCUCUUUAAGGCAUCUGGAUAUGGAAGGAUUGUAAAUAUUUCCUCCAAUUCCAGCGUGGUGGCUAUCCCUUCUGUCUCUGUCUAUGAAGCCUCUAAAGUAAAUCAAAUCACAAAGAACUUGGCAUGUGAGUGGGCUAAGGACAACAUUCUCGUUAAUGCAAUUUCUCCAGGUCUAAUCAGAACUCCUGUCAUUGAAACUGGAAAGCAGGAUUAUCCUGAAAUUGCAAAAUUUUUUAAUAGAUAUAUAAGUCAAACUCCAAUUUCUCGGAUUGGAGAGCCCUACGAGAUUGCAUCAAUGGUGGCAUUCCUUUGCUUUCCUACUGCUUCAUUUAUCACCGGUCAGGUCAUUGUUGUUGAUGGAGGAUUCACCAUCAAUGGUUUCUGCUAGCCAAACAAUAACUAAACCUCUAUUUUCUAUUCAAGAUCUAGCUAUAAAGAUAUAUAAAUAAGGUUUAAGGUCCAUGAGAAACCAAGAUUAUUUACAAAUGUCUUCAUUUUGCUGUCGCUGUUGUUGAUUUCUUUGUUGUAAUAAACAAAAGUCCUUGUCGGAUGAUAUGUUUUUUUAACAAAAGGCAUUCUAGAUUAAUGAAAUUUUAUGUUUAGUAUCCUA